UUCAAUGUCUGCUUCUCUUCUUCUUCGAAACCUCUUCUGCUUCUCCUUCUCAUCAAAUACAAAACUUACAAAACCCUAUUUUGCUGUCUCCAUCAAGGCCAUGGAAGCUCGAAACGAUCUCCCCACAACUGUAGACACCAAUCAAAAUUACCCAAAACCCAUUUCUGCUCCGCCGCCUCCGAUCUCGAAAGACAUUGAACUCAAAAGAGCCAUGGAAGCUUCAUCGAAAUCGAGCCUCUUCAAUCUCACAAGAAACGAUGUACUAUACGAAGACGAAUGGCUCAUGGCCGUAAAUAAACCAAAAGGCAUCUACUGCGAAUCUGUUCUCUCCUCUGCUCCUAAAGUUAUUGUUGAUUCUUCGAGUACAGCGAACGAGUUUCAUCUCGCGAAUAGAUUAGAUCGUGACACUAGUGGCGUAAUGCUCAUAACCAAGUCUCACAAAGUCGCUGCUAAGCUCGUUAAGGCGUUUACAGAACACAAGAUUCGUAAAUCCUACAUUGCUCUCUGCAUUGGGUCAUCACCAAAUUGGAGCAAAAUCACGGUUAGGUCAGGUCAUGGACGGUCAAAACACGGAGCUUGGCGAGUUUACGCUGCUUUAGACGUUGGAAGAGUCUUACCAGGAGGAUCAUUUGUUAGAGAUAUGGAGACAACGUUUGAAGUUGUGUCUGUAAACGGAGAGAAAACCGAGCCGUUAGAAGUUGAAAGUGUGAUUGUUGUCGAGGGGGAACCGGGACUGAGUUGUGUUGGAGACGAUGUUGUUGUUGUUAGGGCGUUCCCAAGAAGUGGGAGGACGCAUCAGAUUAGGCUACACUGUCGGUAUCUUGGGAUUCCGAUUAGAGGAGAUGUGAAGUAUCAUGGAAUGUAUGAGUGGAGAGGAAGAACAUUCGAGGGUCAUGAGCUUCACGCUGAGAGUUUGUCUUUCGAUCACCCGGUUACGGGUGAACCUAUCGUUAUCCGAGCUCCUCUUCCGUGUUGGGUCGCCGGAGAUGGAGAAUGUGACGGCUGAUGGUUAGAAUUUGAAUGGUUAGUGUGAAGAUUUUGACCUUGGUUUAACAUAGUAUCUGUGAGAUAAUAGUUCAAGGAACAAAAAAGAGAAUUAAAGAAUUCAAUGUGAAAGAUGGAAGAUUUUGAUACAAUCCUCUGUUUUCUCUCGUUUUCUUGUCCUUGCUUUUAUUAUAACAACACAAUAUGUUAGUUCUUUGGCGCUCCACCUUCGAUUGAUCGAUAUGUG